AAGCAAAUAUGGCCUUUAAACAGCACAACUUGCAACCAAGUACAUGAACUCAUCCAGGCACACGUGCAGAAGAGGGGCGAAGAAGGCUUGAGCCCCAGCCCCUUUUAUUUUUGAUGCCCUAGUGCCCUUUUUGAGGGUUUUUUAAAUAUAUGUAACCGAUAUUAGAUAUACGAGUGAAAUUCUUGCUAAAAUAUGUUUUGUAAAUAUCUUUGUAUGUAUUUCAUAAUUGCCUUGUGAUUAGUGGUGUUUGGCGCCCCCUACUGGUUGCCUAUAAAUGCGAGGGGAAAUCGGAAGUUCCACACAGACUGUUUUGCGCUCUGCUGUGGUAAGUCAUCAAAUCCGGUUCUCCUCUGACUAGUAUUUGUGGUUUUGUUCGGGGACUAAAUUGGAGUUUUGUUGCGGUACACAGAGUGACUGGUGGACCAGUAGGGGAGGCUAACAACUACCCAUUACAGGAAGUCCCUGCAAGCGCCCCAGAACCUGCGCAUCUCUCUUCAGUUUCUGCUCGACGCUUUCGAUUCUCGUCAAACGGAUUGAAAAUGCAGCGGAACAUCACCAAGUCCCACAUCUUGAUCGCGGUCGGUUUUAUUACCGUCCUGGUAUUGGCAUAUGGCUACUUCAGAGAAAGCUUUUCAUCUAUCAACUUUUGCAAGCCGUGUGUUUCCUCUGAGAAGGACUUAUUUGAAUUGGAAAAUAAGUCUGAUGAGAUAAAUAACAAGGACAAGGAUGGGCAGUGCGAGAAAGGCAGCACGAAGGUGUACGAAUCAUGGAUAAUGGAAUCAGGACUAAAAUAUGCUCAGCCAAGCACGCUGACUGGACGGACAGAUGUAAAUGCCGUAACAAACUGGAACGCUCCUCUCGUCUGGGAAGGGACCUUUGAUCCUGUGGUUAUUGAUGGCAUCUAUAAGAAAAUGGACCCAAGAAUAGCUGUGGUGGUUUUUGCUGUUGGCAAAUACACUCGUUUUCUACAGAAAUUUAUUGAGACAGGAGAAAAGUAUUUCCUUGUUGGCUUCAGUGUCACUUACUACGUUCACACAGACAGAGAAGAUGAAGUCCCCAAGGUUCCUCUGGGUAAAAACAGGAAGGUUACAGUUGUGUCCGUCCCAAGUGCAAACCGCUGGCAGGAUGUUGUGCUGGGAAGGAUGAAAUGGGCGACCAUCACCAUUGAAAAGCAGAUCCGUAAAGAGGCGGAUUAUCUGUUCAUGAUGGACAUAGACAGCGUCUUCCAUAACCGGGUUGGAGCCGAGUCCCUCAGUCGUCUUUCAGCUGUACUUCACCGGGGCUACUAUAAGACGACGCCAAGGGACGGUUUUCCUUAUGAGCGUCGACCUCAGUCCAAAGCCUAUAUUCCUGCUGGGGAAGGAGACUACUACUACACUGCAGCGGUGUGGGCUGGAUACCUGGAGGAGAUGUACAAGCUAGUCAAGUACUGUUACGAAAUGUCAGAGGAGGAUGCCAAAAACAAGAUCGAAGCUGUUUGGCAGGAGGAGAGUCAUCUCAACAGGUACCUGUUGACCAACAAACCGGCCAAGGUGCUGUCUCCAGAAUACCUGUGGUCUGACUAUGAUAAAGUAUCGCCUGACAUUAAAGUCGUAAGGAUCUCCCAGUUGGUUAAGAACUACGCAGAAGUUCGUCCAAAUGGUGGAAACUGAUGCUCAAACCUCAGGAGCUGGUCUCAGGUUCUGCUCAUUUUGCUUCUUUGUAGUUUUGGGUUUAGGGUUUAGGUGACAAAAUAUACCCGUCUGUCAGGGGAUGCUCAUUACUGCACACGAGUCAAUUCUUACCAACCCGCUUUGAUUACCGACAACUUAAAUUAUUUUUCUAAAAUCUACGGUAAUGAUCGGACAGCACAAAAUGAUAUUUUUUAACUUCACGCCGAUCCUAAGACUUUGAUCAAGAAUGUAGCUACAUCUAAAUUGCCUUACUUCCUUGAGAAAUUCUAGGAAAUACAAUGUUUAAAGCACGUGGGUAGAGAGGAUAAGUUUUUACAGAUAUAAAAUCAAAUAUUAAGCGAGGAGAUGGUAAUGUGUAGUUAUGUAAUAAGGUGAAUUGGAGGACUGAGUUGAUCUUCUGAGACUCUGAUGUUGGUACAUUUAUAUACAGGUGAGAAAAUUCAAAUAUUUUGAAAACGCUCUUAUUUUUGUCACUUAUUUCGGAAAAUGAAACUGCUAUAAUACACACAGAGUGAAAUAUUUAAAGACUUUAUUUCUUGUAAUUUUGAUGAUUAUAAAUUACAAAUUUAUAUUACAAAAGACACUGCAUUUUGGGUUUUGAAUAUCUGUAGCAAUAAUCAUCAAAAUUACAAGAAAUGGAGAUUCAAGUUAUUUCACUCUGUAAUAAAUCUGUUAUGUGUGAUUGAAUAUUUCACUUUCUGAAAUGAGAGACAGAAAAUAUUAAACUUGUUCAUAAUAUUCAAAUUUGCAGCUUUAUAUUUUGUUUGCUUGGGCACAAAGGGUAAAAAUGUAGGUGUGAGGAACUCUUGCUGCUAUGUCCAAAAACUGUUUACAAUUUAUUUACUAUUUGUAUUUGACUUUUUGUUAUUAUAUCCUCAGUGUGUUGUUUUUUCUACCACUUAAAGUCUAUGACUUAGAAAGUCAUAGACAUUUAAAAUAACUUUAAAAGCCACUGACUGUAACAUGAUUCAAAAUUUGUGAAUUAUUAUUAUUAUAAUAACUUUGAAGGGAAACUGUUUCUUAUAUUUUGUUGACUUUGUUUUGCUUUGUUUGAUUUAAUGUUUGCAUUUUUUAAUAUUAUUUUGUUUUUACACAAAAAAUAAAAUAAUAAAUACUUUUUUUCUCCUUAAAUCUGAAAUUGCUUGAAAGAUGUGAAGGAACAUUUAGUUAAAUUAAAAAUCAUCUGAACAUGAAAUGAGUUUUACAAUGUAAUUGUUCAACACCUGAUAGGUUUAAGUUGAAAACGUCUUUUUUUAAAUCAAAUAUUAAGAUUUGUAAGCAUCACUUAAAGUUCACAAACACCUUUUUGGCUCCCCUUGUGAAAAUGUAAUUCUAAAAUCUUCUUUCAGUGAAAAUACAUCCUGCACUACCUGUUACAUUUGUUUUCUGUUUCUGUAGAUUUACUGGGUUUAAGGAAAAUGCUAUAGUAUCUUUAAAAUGAAUUGUCAUUUACUAUAAAUUUUUCAGGUGAUCACAUCUGUUUUAGGACUCCAGACAAUUUACCAACAUUGUUUACAGAAUAUUGAUGUAAUAUAAGAAGAUAUUCCUAUAUGCAAAAGGGGUUUCUUUUGAAUUAAUUACAUUUUAAACCAUUUUGAAAAGGAAAUUAUUCCUUUGAAGAAACCUCCUGGAAUUAACAAUUAGAUUUUUAUUUUUAUUUUAAUCGUUGGUGUUACAGAUUCUCCCACAGAAAUGAAACAUAAAUAAAUGACGGCUUGUAAUCAUCUCUACCAGAGCAGCCAAAAAGUGUAGAAAAAUUUUAAAGAGGCAGUAUUAUAUAAAAUCACCAUGUUAUAAUGUUAUUCCCUCACCAAACCCAUAGCUGGAGUGUUGCUUUGGUUCUUUCACACAUUUGAGAAAUACUUUAGUUUCUCCUGGUGGCCAUUUUAGAUGCAACAACUCCU